CAUCCCCAGUGUGGGCAGCACUAUGGACCAGGACUACAGCCAGACCUACACCCCUCAGACGCACACGCCUUUCAUGUCUAACAGUGCUCCACCAAGUAACAGUGGCACUGGCAUCCUGCCUUCACCCACCACCCCUCGUUUCUCUGCCCCCACCCCACGAACGCCACGCACCCCACGAACACCUCGAGGCCCUGCCAGCGUCCAGGGCUCACUCAAGUACGAGAACUCAGACCUUUACUCCCCAGCGUCCACCCCCUCCACCUGCCGACCGCUGAACUCAGUAGAGCCAGCCACGGUGCCCUCCAUCCCCGAGGCCCACAGCCUCUAUGUCACCCUCAUCCUCUCCGAGUCUGUCAUGAGCCUCUUCAAGGACUGCAACUUCGACAGCUGCUGCAUCUGUGUGUGUAACAUGAACAUAAAAGGAGCCGACGUGGGCGUGUACCUCAGCGACCCCAUCGGCGAGGCUCAGGAAGCGUGCAGCUGUGGCUUCAGCGCCGUGGUCAACCGGCGCUACGGCAACGGCUCGGGCCUCUUCCUGGAGGACGAACUGGACAUCAUCGGCCGAGGCUCAGACGUCAGCAGGGAGGCAGAGAAGCGCUUCGAGCAGCUGCGGCUCUCCUCGCUGGAAAGAACUGGAGUAGGGAGGGGUGACCGUGUCCCAGACGAGCUCAUCCUCCUCCUGCAGGAUCAAUGCACCAACCCCUUUUCACCCAUAUCAGUCCUGGACGAUGACAUAGUGACGCGGGGGCCAAGCGGGGCCCCUGUGCCGCCCUGUGUGAGGGUGGAGGAGAGGGACUACCACAGCGACUGCUACAUGGCCCUGGAGCACGGCAGGCAGUUCAUGGACAACAUGUCGGGAGGCAAGGUGGACGAGGCGCUGGUGAAGAGCACCUGCCUGCACCACUGGGCCAAACAAAACGCAGUGGACGUCAGUGCGCUGUGCUCUCAGGAUGUGCUGCGGGUGCUCAUGUCCCUGCAGCCCGUACUCCAGGACGCGAUCCAGAAGAAGAGGACGAUAAGGUCGUGGGGCGUUCAGGGUCCCCUCACCUGGCAGCAGUUCCACAAGAUGGCUGGACGGGGCUCUUACGGCACAGACGAGUCCCCGGAGCCCCUGCCCAUCCCCACUUUCCUGGUGGGGUAUGAGUACGACUUUGUGGUGCUGUCUCCCUUCGGUCUGCCCUACUGGGAGAAGCUGUUGUUGGAUCCCUUUGGCUCGCAGCGGGACGUUGGGUACCUGGUGGUCUGUCCUGACAACGAGGCCUUGCUCAGCGGCGCCAAGAGCUUCUUCAGGGACCUCACUGCUGUCUACGAGUCAUGUCGGCUGGGCCAGCACCGGCCCAUUUCCAAAGGCUACCCCGAUGGCAUCGUCCUUGUUGGCGGCAGCGGAGCCAAGAACCUUGUGGAUCAGCCGGUCAGCGAUUGGUUCCUCAAGGCUGCCAGCAGCAACAGCGACGCCUUCACUAAGCUCAAACUCUAUGCACAAGUGUGCCGACACAACCUCGCUCCAUACCUCGCCUCACAGCCAUUGGACAGUUCCCUCCUCACACAGUCCAGCCCCCCGCCCUCGUCCAACCAGUCGUCAUCCACACAACAGUCCAGCUCCACAUCAGGCUCAGUGGGCCAGCAGUGCUCCGUGAACUCUGCAGGCUCCUCAGUUCCCAAUAACAACAACAGCACUAACAACAGUGGGUCUGGAAACGGCCCCGCGUCCUCCAACAGUCUGGUCACAUCCUCAGGCCAGCCGCCUGCCAAGCCCAGCUCUUUCCCCCCCUUUGGGAACAUGGGCCCCCAGGGCCAGGGGGGGGAACAGCUGGGACAGCAGGCUGGUACCCAGAAUACUGGCACCUCAGGGGACAACUCCAGCAGCCAGGCCCCGGGGCCAACGGAGCCUCUUGAAAGCACUUUGGAACGAGAGAAAAUAGGCGUUCCCACGGACGGGGAGUCCCAUGCCAUCACGUAUCCACCUGCCAUCGUUGUUUACAUUGUGGACCCCUUCAGCUACGAGGAGACAGACGGGGGCCCAGGACCGGUGCCUUCCCACUCCAGUGUGUGGACGCUGGGUUUACUACGCUGCUACCUUGAGAUGCUUCAGUUCCUGCCCCCACACAUCCGCAAUUCUAUUUCAGUACAGAUUGUCCCCUGCCAGUACCUGCUUCAGCCAGUUCGAGGAGAGGAUCGUCACAUCUACGCCCAGCACCUCAAGUCUCUCGCCUUCUCCGUCUUCGCUCAGUGCAGACGGCCACUGCCCAUCUCCACCAACGUCAAGUCACUGACGGGCUUUGGCCCAGGCCUGGCUAUCGACACUGCACUGAAGAGCCCAGAGAGGCCGGAGUUUCUGCGACUCUAUACACCUCCGUUCAUUCUAGCACCAACAAAGGACAAGCAGACGGAGCUCGGGGAGACAUUUGGGGAGGCAUCGCAGAAAUACAACGUGCUGUUUGUGGGAUACUGUCUGUCCCACGACCAACGCUGGCUCCUGGCUACAUGCACUGACCUGUAUGGGGAACUCCUAGAAACCUGCAUCAUCAACAUCGAUGUUCCCAACAGGGCGCGGAGGAAAAAAGGGUCUGUUCGGAGGCUGGGCCUGCAGAAGCUGUGGGAUUGGUGCUUGGGACUGGUGCAGAUGACAUCAGUCCCCUGGAGGGUGGUGAUUGGUCGACUGGGCAGGAUAGGACACGGAGAGCUAAAAGACUGGAGUAUUCUGCUGAGCAGAAGGAACCUCCAGUCCCUGAGUCGCCGUCUGAAGGAAAUGUGUCGAAUGUGUGGCAUCUCGGCCUCAGAUACUCCCAGCAUCCUCAGCGUUUGCUUAGUUGCCAUGGAGCCCCAGGGAUCAUUUAUCAUCAUGCCAGAUUCGGUGUCGACGGGCUCAGUGUUUGGCCGCAGCACCACCUUAAACAUGCAGACGUCCCAGCUGAGCACCCCCCAGGACACAUCUUGCACCCACAUCCUCGUCUUCCCCACAUCCGCCUUCGUCCAAGUGGCCAGCUCCAAUUACACCAACAUCGACCCCAACAUUGACAUCCUAAACGCCAACCCUGAUGGGCCUGAUGCUAUCGGGAUCUUUGACCUGCUGGAUCAGGAGAAUGAGUUUGUGGACCCGGACAUCAUCAACAUCUCGCCCAACACAUCACCAGUUCACUCCCCCGGCUCUCAUUACCAUCACGGGGGAGAUGGCAGUAAGGGCCAGAGUACAGACCGUAUGGAGUCUCAUGAAGAAGUUCCUAACCUUCUGCAGCAGCCCCUGGCACUUGGCUACUUUGUCUCCACGGCUAAAGUCGGUCCCCUACCUGACUGGUUCUGGUCAGCCUGUCCGCAAGCCCAGAACCAGUGUCCACUCUUCCUCAAGGCCUCUUUGCACCUCCAUGUGUCUUCAGUGCAAUCAGAUGAACUACUGCACAGCAAACACUCCCACCCCCUCGACUCCAAUCAGACCUCAGAUGUACUCAGAUUUGUGCUGGAGCAGUACAACGCCCUCUCCUGGCUGACGUGUGACCCGGCCACGCAGGACCGACGAUCAUGUCUACCCAUUAACUUUGUGGUGCUCAACCAGAUGUACAACUUCAUCAUGAACAUGUUGUAGCCAACAGCCUGUUACAGGGAGGGAAAUAGAUAAUAGAAACAUUUCAAAGAAGAAGACUUCAAGACUGAAGAAAGAACCAGAGCAGCGUACGGAGCUGGAUCCUACCCCAAGAUGUCAGCUGUUCCUGCUGAAAAUGUCCUGUCCCUGUGAAUCAAAGACAUGCACACACAGACAAGGGAAUAAAGAAGCAAGAGUCGCAAUUAUUGAACGUGAAAGAAUGACAGAUGGUUGUCAUGGUAUGUAGCAUGGCAGCACAGUCACUGGCCAGUCUGUAUUUGAAGAGACAAGUCUAUCUGUAAAGUUAUUGGAAGAAAAGGGACAUAUUUGAUCAAGGAAAAAACUCAUGAAUGGAUCUUUUUUUUAAGAUCUGAAAUUCCUUUGUAUUCCUUUUGGGUGAAAUAGUAUCCAAAUGAAAUGCUUGCAUCUAUCUUAUUUAUUGUACGUUUUUAAAUGUAUAAUUUGUCUUAUUUCCUAACCUCUUUUAUAUAUAAAAAAUGGAGAAGGUUUAUAUCACCUUCCUGCUUUAAAGCGAUUGGUCUAAGAUAUAUGUAAUCGUCUUAAUUAAAAAAACAACCAGGACAAAAAUCUCAUGAAAAUGAAAUAAAGUCCCAGUAGGUCGCUUUUAGAGUAUUAUUUUUUGUAAUGAAGACAGAAUAUUUGUAUUGCCACAAUGUACAGAUGAAUUAAGAGUGGAGAAUUAUGUUUCAUGCCUUUAAGCAUGAAGGACUUACAGCAAAGCUGUAGCUACAGAGGACUUGUACAGCAAUGAACUUCACUGUGUUCAAAUAAAGAGGUACAUUGUUGUAUAUAGUAUUUUAUACCACACAUUU